AUGAUAGGAGCAUAUACUAAAGCUGCAAAGUUGUCACAACCAAUAACUCAUUUUUUUUCUAUUGAAUCUAAAGAUGAAGAAAAUACAGUGAGUGAAUUGAAUAAUUCAGAAGGAGAGAAUGACUCAGAACAUGAAGGAAGUGAUUUUGAAGUUGAAAAUGCUAAUUCACUUGAACCUAAAUUAACUGAUCUUAAAAAUAUACAAUGGGUAUAA